UGGUGGAACUAAGACCCGACUUCUCCUACCUGUGCCUGUGAAGAAUGGCUCUCCGAGGACCUGCGUCAACAUGUGUCCCGCUGCUGCUGCUUCUCUGCGCGGUGAACCUCCUCGCCCACAAACCGGUCAUCAUCAUCCACGGACUUUUUGAUGACCCUAAACAUUUUAAAAACUUGUGCAAUUUCAUAACGAAGGCACACCCGGGCACCCAGGUGACGGUGAUCGACUUGUUUGACAGGCUGGCCAGUCUGAAGCCCAUGUGGAAGCAGGUCCAAGGCUUCAGGAGGGCCGUGGAGCCGGUGAUGAAAAGGGCUCCAGAUGGAGUCCAUCUUCUGUGCUUCUCACAAGGUGGUCUCAUUUGUAGAGCCCUUCUUUCCACAAUGCCGGAGCACAAUGUUCACUCGUUCAUCGCUCUGUCAUCCCCACUGGCUGGACAGUAUGGAGACACAGAUUAUCUGAGGUGGCUGUUUCCAGACUACAUCAAGAAGACUCUCUACCGAAUAUGCUACAACAGAUACGGACAGAGAGUGUCAAUAUGUGACUACUGGAACGAUCCUCACCAGAGAUCCCUCUAUGUAAGGCACAACAAAUUUCUGCCGCUGCUGGACGGGGACCAGCAUCACCAAGAGAUGAAAUCAUGGAGGGAAAAUUUCUUGCGCAUUAAGAAGCUUGUGUUGAUCGGAGGCCCAGAUGAUGGCGUCAUUACUCCAUGGCAGUCCAGCCACUUUGGAUUCUAUGACAGCAGAGAACAGGUCGUGGAAAUGAAGAAUCAGGAGUUUUUCAAGAACGACACGUUUGGACUGAAGACUUUGGAGGCUCGAGGAGGCAUAUCGGUGUGUGUACAGUCUGGAGUUGAGCACAUUCAUUGGCACUCCAACAUCACCGUUUUCCAAAGCUGCAUAGAGAAGUGGCUAACUUGAAACUGAAACUUGAAAAGCUUGGGCAAUAAUAUUUUGCUGGUGAAAGUAUCCUUGAGAUGAUGGUUACUGUGGUAUGUAUAGUUCAUGUGUUAGCCAUGCAGAUGUGUCGCCAAUCUCGCCGACAAAAACAGCUUGAAUAUGACUAAUAAUUGCAACAUCACUUUAUGUGCUUUUGUAGUAUUAUGAUUCACACU